CAGUGGAUUAUAGCUCCGUUUUCUUCUUUCCAAAUUUGGCCACACCUGGAUGGAUGAACGCUCCAGUUCCGACACCAUCUUCCAAGAUGAUCCGGACUCCCAGAAUGCCGUUGGUGCUGCUGCUUCUCCUGCCGAUCCUCAGUUCUACAAGAGCUCAGGUUAACCCAGCUGUGUGCCGCUACCCACUGGGCAUGUCGGGAGGCCACAUUCCAGAUGAGGACAUCACGGCUUCCAGUCAGUGGUCAGACUCUACAGCCGCCAAAUAUGGAAGAUUGGACUCAGAAGAAGGGGAUGGAGCAUGGUGCCCUGAGAUACCAGUGGAGCCUGAUGACCUCAAGGAGUUUCUGCAGAUUGACCUGCGCACCCUGCACUUCAUCACUCUGGUGGGGACUCAGGGGCGCCAUGCAGGGGGCCAUGGCAUUGAGUUUGCCCCUAUGUACAAGAUCAAUUACAGUCGGGAUGGCACCCGCUGGAUCUCUUGGCGGAAUCGUCAUGGGAAACAGGUGCUAGAUGGAAAUAGCAACCCCUAUGACAUUUUCCUAAAAGACUUGGAGCCUCCCAUUGUGGCCAGAUUUGUCCGCUUCAUUCCAGUUACGGACCACUCCAUGAAUGUGUGCAUGAGGGUAGAGCUGUAUGGCUGUGUCUGGCUAGAUGGCUUGGUGUCUUACAGUGCUCCCGCUGGACAGCAGUUUGUACUUCCUGGAGGUUCCAUCAUUUAUCUGAAUGAUUCUGUCUAUGAUGGAGCUGUUGGGUACAGCAUGACUGAAGGGCUGGGCCAGUUGACAGAUGGGGUGUCUGGCCUGGAUGAUUUCACCCAGACCCAUGAGUACCACGUGUGGCCUGGUUAUGACUACGUGGGCUGGCGGAACGAGAGUGCCACCAAUGGCUACAUCGAGAUCAUGUUUGAAUUUGACCGCAUCAGGAACUUCACAACCAUGAAGGUUCAUUGCAACAACAUGUUUGCAAAAGGGGUAAAGAUCUUCAAGGAGGCGCAGUGCUACUUCCGCUCUGAAGCUAAUGAGUGGGAAUCCAAUGCCGUGUCCUUCCCCCUUGUCCUGGAUGACGUCAACCCCAGCGCUCGGUUUGUCACGGUGCCCCUCCACCAUCGCAUGGCCAGUGCCAUCAAGUGCCAGUACCACUUUGCUGACACCUGGAUGAUGUUCAGUGAGAUCACCUUCCAGUCAGAUGCUGCAAUGUACAACAACUCUGGAGCUCUGCCCACUUCACCUGUGGCACCCACCACCUAUGAUCCAAUGCUUAAAGUUGAUGACAGCAACACCCGGAUCCUGAUUGGCUGCUUGGUAGCCAUCAUCUUCAUCCUUCUGGCCAUCAUUGUCAUCAUCCUCUGGAGACAGUUCUGGCAGAAAAUGCUGGAGAAGGCCUCCCGGAGGAUGCUGGAUGAUGAAAUGACAGUGAGCCUUUCCCUGCCGAGUGAGUCCAGCAUGUUCAAUAAUAACCGCUCCUCAUCACCAAGUGAGCAAGAGUCCAACUCCACAUAUGAUCGCAUCUUUCCCCUCCGCCCUGACUACCAAGAGCCAUCCAGGCUGAUACGAAAACUUCCUGAAUUUGCUCCAGGAGAGGAAGAGUCAGGCUGCAGUGGUAUUGUGAAGCCAGUCCAGCCCAGUGGGCCUGAAGGGGUGCCCCACUAUGCCGAGGCUGACAUUGUGAACCUCCAGGGGGUGACAGGAGGCAACACCUACUCAGUGCCCGCCGUUACAAUGGACCUGCUCUCAGGAAAAGAUGUGGCUGUGGAAGAGUUCCCCAGGAAGCUCUUAACUUUCAAGGAGAAGCUGGGAGAAGGCCAGUUUGGGGAGGUUCAUCUCUGUGAAGUGGAGGGAAUGGAAAAGUUCAAAGACAAAGAUUUUGCCCUAGAUGUCAGUGCCAACCAGCCUGUCCUGGUGGCCGUGAAAAUGCUCCGAGCAGAUGCCAACAAGAAUGCCAGGAAUGACUUUCUUAAGGAGAUCAAAAUCAUGUCCCGGCUCAAAGACCCAAACAUUAUCCGCCUCUUGGCUGUGUGCAUCACUGAGGAUCCUCUGUGCAUGAUCACCGAGUACAUGGAGAAUGGAGACCUCAAUCAGUUUCUUUCCCGCCAUGAACCCCCCAGUUCUUCUAGCAAUGCACCCACUGUCAGUUAUGUCAACUUGAAGUUCAUGGCUACUCAGAUUGCCUCUGGCAUGAAGUACCUUUCCUCUCUGAAUUUUGUCCACCGAGAUCUGGCCACACGAAACUGCUUAGUGGGAAAGAACUACACCAUUAAGAUAGCUGACUUUGGGAUGAGCAGAAACCUGUACAGUGGAGACUACUACCGGAUCCAGGGCCGGGCAGUGCUCCCCAUUCGCUGGAUGUCUUGGGAAAGCAUCUUGCUGGGCAAAUUCACUACAGCAAGUGAUGUGUGGGCCUUUGGGGUCACCCUUUGGGAGACGUUCACCUUUUGCCAGGAGCAGCCCUACUCCCAGUUGUCGGAUGAACAGGUCAUCGAGAAUACCGGAGAGUUCUUCCGAGACCAAGGGAGGCAGACUUACCUUCCCCAGCCUGCCAUUUGCCCUGACUCUGUGUAUAAGCUGAUGCUCAGUUGCUGGAGAAGAGACACCAAGCAUCGUCCCUCGUUCCAGGAAAUCCACCUUCUGCUCCUUCAACAAGGGGAUGAGUGACGCCAUCAGUGCCUGCGACAUUCUGGUGGCCCAGGCCUCCCACAGCACCUACCACUUACCCACACCUGUCACUCCAGCUGGACAUUCAUGGACCUGAGAGGCGGAGGCUUGUCGCUUUAUCUCUCUCUGUCCCUCCUCUCCCUCCACCCCUCCACUCUCAACACCCAGCCAGUAUAUACUCUUUUGUUUUUUACAUUAAAUAACUAAAAGAAAAAAAUCCUAGGGCAGAUGAAAUCUAGCAAAGAAGUUUUACUUGAUGUACCGAAGUGUUGGAUAACAAAGGCUAACAAAUUGAGAUAAUUGAUAAAGGUUGUGCAUGUGUUUAUAAAUGUGCAGAUGCUGCAAUAUUUUUCCAUGUCACCUUUGAAAAAAAAAUUCAGAAGGAAAAACUUGAAGAAUACUAGUAUGCUCGGAAACAAAAUUAUGUUCAGGUAAAAUACUUGGUACAUGCGGAGAAAGUGGUAACAAUGAUAGUACUAGUCACAGGUGGCUUAGCUUCCUUACUUGACCUGACCUCUGGGCAUGUGAUACUCUCUGUAUUUCCUUCUCUUGUCAAUGUUUUGAAAAAUACCAGUUUCUUCAAAUGGGUGUUUAGAUUACUCAUGGACCAGGGUCAGAGGUGAUGUUUAUCUCAUGGAAAACAUGAAAAAUAUCUACUAUAAGGCUACAGGAAGAAGAAUUGCCAUUUGCAAAUAAAAAUAGCUCAUGCAUGGAAGGAUUCUUGAAUAGAGCACAGGCAUAGGAAAAGUGGUCAGAGGAGGAUGGGCAAGGUGUGCUAUCAUUUAUGAUUUCUGCAAGGGGACCUCCUUUUUAUCCUGUUUGGAUGUGUAUUUCAGUGAAAAUCUGGUUAUGGCAAUAUUUUCGGAUGUGUGUUUUAUAAGAACCUGUUUGAAUCAGUAGUAAAUUGUGGGGUUUUGGUCUUUUGAUCUGAAUUGCCUUUGGGACCUGUGGGCUGGGGGUUGAAUUUCUGAGGUGUGACAUCUGAAGGGCAGAUACAAUAAGGAAUAGAGCUGUUUUGAUGUUCCUGAAGGGUUGAUGAGUGAAGGGAAGUAACAAGGAGGUUGAAUGCCUUAUUAGGAAUAGCAUAGUUACAAGCAGCAUAUAGGCUGCCUGCCUCCAGAGGCAAGAAGUCUCUUAGCACUUCAGUGACCUCUUCAGAGAUGCAGAUACAUGCUAAAGAACUGAGCAAAAGGACAUGAGCUGUUAUACACGAGCUAUAUGGCUAUAUAGGAUACUGAAUGUUCUCCUCACCCUGGCCUUGACCCCAGAGAGGCACAGGCAAGCAUAAUGCAGACGCUGCCUACUCUACUGCUUUGUAGACACACCCUUCUCCUGGACUUGUGUGAACAAGAGAAGAGAAAGAAUGAAGCUCUGUUUUCAGAAUUGAUGGAAACUGCAGGCAGAGUUUUCCCACAAGGUGGACCCUGAGCUCCACACUGCGCAAAUCCUCAGUUUCUGUUUCUGAGGAGAAACAGGAAAAAAAAAAAAAAAAAGAUUAAGCUUCCUAAACUGAGAAGAAAGAGCCUGUGUUGGGCUUCUGUUCCCUCACCGAGUCCACUUCAGACAGUCUCUUGGGAACUUGAGAAUUUCCCCCAUCCAACCUUCAGCAUCUUCACUUGACUGAGUACAAAUCCCAACCCCCAGGUCUCAUUUCAUGGGCCUCUUCCCCUAGCAAAGGCCAUCUGCUAUAGGGGCCCUGAGAACCUGGCUUUCCCAGGACUGACAUUGGAGAGAUCUUUGGUUUGGGAGCUAAGAGCGCAUGGAUUUGGGAUCUCCAACCCUGUUUCUGCCUCAAGCCAAGUGUGCCAUCUUGCAGAAAUGAGUUUUCCUGGCUGGGCUUUUGUUUCAUUAUCUAUUAAGUGAGAAAAUUGGAUUAGUUAGUCUUGAAGCCUCUUCCAGUUCUUCGAUGUUCCCUGCUCUUUGGAUAAUUGGAUCUAUGAUUAAUGGGGAUUCAAUGAUGUGGUCAUCUGCUCUAAAAAUUGUAGUCAGUAAAAUAGAUCAUGCAGUAAGGUAGCUAUACUCGAGUAAUAGGAAGACUUGCUACUUGUACAGUGCUUUCACAUUUACCAAGCGAUUGCACAUACAUUCUCUUAUUUGAUAUGUGCAGCACCAGACAUGUUCUCUUAUAACUUGGGACCCUAAACCAAGACAAUUUCAUCAACAAGAGAACUACUAGCAACAGCUUACCCACUACACUCUUCUUUCUACAUCAAUGCCAGCUUCGUUUAUUAUUCAGAGUUUUCCAGAAAAACAGAACCAAUAGUGUGUGUGCAUGUGUGUAUAUAUAUGUGUGUAUAUCGAUACAUAUAUAUGCAUUGUUCCCAGAUAUACUCAUAAUCCAUAUACUUACAUGAUUUAAUAUCAGUAUAUAAGGAAUGACUCACAUGUUUGUGGAGGCCUAGAAGACCCAUAAUCUUCCAUCUGCAAGCUGGAGACCCAGGAAAACUGGAGGGUGGAUGACGUAAGUUCCAAGACCCCUGGCCUCCUGUUCAAGCAGUCAUAUAGAGACCUAAUUCCCUCCUCUUUUUCUUCCAUCCAGACUCAACAUAUUGGGUGAUAUCAUCUGUAUGGUGGGGUCAAUCUGCUUGACUCAUCCACAACUUCAAAUCUUAAAUCUCAUCUGGAAAUAGCUUAACAGACACACCCAGAAAUAAUGUUUAUUCUGGGAAUUGAAUGCCCCAGUCAAGAGAACACAUAACCUUAAUCAUAAAGAAGGGACUUGAAACUGGUUCCCGCAGUCUGUUCUACACACAGUCUGUUGGGCUACAUCCAUGACUUACAGGACAAGAGAAAAUAAAAACCAUCCCCUUCCCUUUGCCUUAUUUCUUUUUACAAUUCUGC